AAUCUGUCGCGGGACCCUCGUAAAAAAUUUAAAUUAAAUAAAUAAUACAAAAAUGUAUUUUUCGUAACUGUAGCAACAGCAACAGAAGUCUUCCUCCGCUCUGCUCUGUCCUCUUCUCCGCUCUGCUCAUCAGCUUUGAUACAUUCUUUCUCCUGCCUUUCAGAAGUUAGCUUUCAACAACUCUCUCGUUCUUUUUUCUACAAUGAAGAAAAAGACGAGAGAAACCAAACAGCGUAGCAUCGCUGCCGCCUUGCUCCACUGGAUUUUCUUUACGAGUCACUACUUGCUUCAGUUUCCGUUACUCUCCGCUGUCUUCGCUUUCCUCCUUUUCUUUGCUGCCUUCUCUGUCAUCUCCCCUCUUCCUCCUAUCAUCAACCACCACCGCUCCUCGAAGUUAAAAAAUGGAGCUAAAGUAGACGAAUCAACGUUGAGUGCAGAGACGUCGCCGUUUCGUGUUCCGAGAAGUGGAGGGCGUCAUUUAUGGAACUCAAGGUUAUCGAAGUUUUACCAUGGCUGCAGUAACGCCAACGAUAGCUUUCAAACUGCUGAUUUGAAAACGAAUAGUAAUCGGUACUUGUUGAUUGCUACAAGUGGAGGGUUAAAUCAACAGAGAACAGGGAUAACAGAUGGUGUUGUUGCAGCUUAUAUUUUGAAUGCUACUCUUGUUGUUCCUAAGCUGGAUCAGAAGUCUUUCUGGAAUGAUAGUAGUGAUUUUGCUGAAAUAUUUGAUGUUGACUCGUUCAUUUCAUUCCUAUCAAAAGAUGUUACUAUUAUCAAACAGCUCCCUACUAAGGGUGGGAAAGUUUUGACCCCGUAUAGAAUGCGUGCUCCGAGGAAGUGUACUCCAAAAUGCUAUCUGACUAAAGUUUUACCUGUUCUUAAUAAGAAGCAUGUUGUUCAGCUCGGAAAGUUUGAUUACAGGCUCUCAAAUAGGUUGAGCCCAGAUUUACAAAAGCUAAGAUGUAGAGUCAACUACCAUGCUUUAAAAUUCACAGACUCAAUUUUGGAAAUGGGCAAAAAGCUGGUUCAGAGAAUGAGAAUGAAAAGUGAGCACUUUAUUGCCCUGCACUUGAGGUUUGAACCUGACAUGCUUGCAUUCUCUGGAUGCUAUUUUGGCGGGGGAGAAAAAGAAAGAAUGGAACUCGGCGAGAUCCGGAGAAGGUGGAAAUCUUUGCAUGCAAGUAAUCCUGACAAAGAACGGAGGCAAGGAAAAUGCCCUCUCACACCAGAGGAAGUUGGUCUUACGCUGAGAGCUUUGGGUUUCGGAAGCGAUGUUCACUUAUAUGUGGCUUCAGGUGAAGUAUAUGGAGGUGAAGCAACAUUAGAACCACUCAAAGCUCUCUUUCCGAAUUUUCAUUCAAAAGAGACUUUAGCAAGCAAGAGAGAGUUGGCACCAUUUUCAUCAUUUUCUUCUCGAAUGGCCGCACUGGAUUUCAUUGUUUGUGAUGAAAGUGACGUUUUUUCUACCAACAACAAUGGAAACAUGGCCAAAAUAAUAGCUGGUCGAAGGAGAUACUUUGGGCACAAACCAACAGUUCGUCCAAAUGCUAAAAAACUAUACAAACUGUUCAUAAACCGACAUAACAAAACAUGGGAAGAGUUUGCGUCCAGGGUUCGAUCUCACCAAAUUGGUUUCAUGGGAGAGCCAAAUGAGGUGAAGCCUGGAACUGGUGUGUUCCAUGAAAAUCCUUCAUCCUGCAUAUGUCAGGAUCCUGUAGCUAAGGCUGGGGCAGGUCUGAAUCCUACUCCUCAGACUCUACCACACGAGGGACAUAAAAAUGUGAAAGAGAAUACCGAGAGGAAUGGGACCAGUGAUGUGAGUGACGAGCACUCAAUAGAGGACGAUCAUGAUCAGGAUGCGACUGACAUGGAUUAUGUGGACAAUGGAAAUGUGGUCCAAGGUAAAGGCCUGGCUGGUGAAAUGCUGUCGGAGGAAUUCUUUUCUGACUGAGGAAGGAGACUGCAUUUCUUCGCAUAACAAGACUGGCAUAGUGUGAAAAGACCUUUGUAUAUACAAAGGCCUAGGCAGCCUUUUGUUUUUCCUUAUUGGUCGGCGAUUCUUGCCGUAAGGUAAGAUGGGUACAUACAAGUAGAGGAGCAUGGAAAAUAUACCAGAUAGACAGCUCGGCAAUGAAAAUAAAAUCGAGGGUGUUUCGUUUUGAGUAAUCUAUGUUGGAAGGGUGGUUAAUUUUAAUCAAUGAUCCAUCGGCCAUUGAUUAAAAAAUCCCAUUAUUAUCAAUUUUUGCUAUUAUUAUU